GCCGCUGCCUGCUGGAGCUGACGACGUGGCCGUGGUGCGUCUCGACCCCGUGUUGCAACGUACCGGGCCGAUUCAAAUAAAGCUAACCGGCUUUGUUCAGGGAGUCCGCACCGCUGCUGCGUGGUUGAACGAGUCUCUCUGAAACUUAAAUAUCACCGUAGCUUCUAACAAUGUCUGGGAAAAUCAAGGGUCGAAGUGCCGCAAAUGCAGACGCGCUAUCUGGCGGUGUGUCCUGCGAUGAACGCAUCUUGCGGGAUUGUCAUCAACUGUACACGGAUCCUGACAGCGGUUUGAUUGCAGUGGCUGAGUCUGUUGGUGUCAAGUUGUUGCCGCCCAGGAAAAAGAUCACAGUGAUGCUGAUGGGCAACCACUCUGCUGGGAAAAGCUCCUUCAUCAACUGGUAUGUGGAGGAGCACAUCCAGCGCACUGGAGUGGCCAUUGAGACCCAGGGCUUCAGCUUUGUUACAAGUGGGCGCAAGAGAGAAUCUCUCACAGGAAAUGCCACUCUUCAUCUAUAUCCACACUUCAAACCUCUGCAAGAGUUCAAAGGUGUUUCAGAGUACCUCAGCACAGAGAUCUGCACGUCGCGGCAGAAGCGGUUCAGCUUGGUGACAUUUGUGGAUUCGCCAGGCUUGGUGGACGGUGACAUGAAGUAUCCCUUUGACGUGGAUGACGUUAUCAUGUGGCUGGGUGACCUCUGUGAUCUGAUUCUGGUCUUCUUUGACCCCAUGGGUCAGGCUCUGUGUAAGCGCACCCUCAACAUUGUGGAGAAUCUGAAUGAGAAACAUGGGGACCGGCUGCAUUUUUACCUGAGCAAAGCUGACGAGGCUGGAGGAGAGUCAGACAGACAAAGAGUAAUGAUGCAGAUUGUCCAGGAGCUCUGCAAGCGACCAGGACUCAACAAAUGUGGUUUUGACAUGCCAACCAUCUAUAUUCCCAAUCCUAACAAGCCAAGUCGCUGUGUCAACCAGGUUGAAGAAGUGUGUCGGACCAUUGAGAAAACUAUUAACCAAACGGUUCAGAACACGCUCAACUCUCUGGAGAAGGACUGUGAGCUCAUUAGUGAGGCCAUUACUGAUACGCUCAAUAAUGACAGACAGACCACUGUAGAGAACCGACGAGCGCGCUGCAAGAGCUGCUUCCUCACUCUGCUGGGCUUCAGUGUCCCCAUGGCUCUGAUGGCUUUACUGAUGCUGGGCACUAUGUCCAAGGAGCUGCUGGAUUUAGCUCUGGGGCCCGAGGGCACACAUGCACUCUCAUUCUACCUGACUCCCAUCGUGAAAAUAUUUGACUCCCUGACCAUGGAGCAGCAGCUUUACAGUGGUGGUGGUCUGGUCCUUCUCUCCUUCCUCCUGCUCAUCAUCGCUCGCUUCUCCUUCAGAACCCGGCCAACUUUUUCAGGCAAACAGAAAAGGCAGCUACAGGAGAAGCUGGAGUACGUUCAAGAGGUGGUCAAGACCAAAAAGAAAAAGCUCUAUGAAGAAUACCUUCGCCAGAGUGUCAGCGAUCAGGACAUGGAUUUAUAAAGAUGGACCGGAUGCAAACAAACGAUUCAGCCUCCUCAGUGACCUAAAUCUGAAAUUCACUCCUGUUGUGGUGUCAUUUUGACCACUCACUGCUGUAUCUUUUCAAGUGUGCAGUUGAAAAGUACUCUUAAUUCUGGUGCUCUGAAUACAACAGAACCCAAAUAACAAACUGUUGGAUAAUGUCCUCACAGAUAAUGUCCCUUCACACCACUUAAGUGUUCAUCUUAAUGACAGAUUAACCUUUAUUUUUUGUGAACAUUUCUAAACAUGUCCUCUGUAACUGUACACCCAAAAUACCACUUAAACUAUUUAAAUAAUUCCAACUAUUUAUAUUAUUACUUUAUCAGAGAAACUGUAUUUUGCUGAAAUGGCCUAUAGCACUGGUUUAUGCAAGACACUUUGUGUUACUCAUGGUGUUACUGCUUUGGAAGAUUUUCACCAGCAUUUUAUACAGUAGUUUGUCUGCUUUGUUUACUAGAUGUUAUAUAAAUGCACUAGUUUGUGUCAUGAACCUCUAUUGUAUAAUUAUGUCAAAUUUUAAUUAUCCGCACAACUCCUGCCAUUAUAGUAAGUGAAGGUUGUAAGCCAGCAAUCGAACAUUUUUAACGGUGACCAAUUCAACUUUUUGUACUCUGUACUUCUGUUGUACAUUGUAACUGUUUUAAAGACAACUCAAUAAAACAUUAAAGGAUGAGA